AUGGAAGAAGAUAAAGACAUGCCCAAGAGGCCGUGGGAUGCCUGUCGAGAGGUCCCCAUCAUUGAAGAUGAAGAAACGCCCUGGAAACUGAUCAAACUACUGAAGAUCAUUUCUGUUUCUUUAGUCGCUGUGAUGAUGUUUGGAUUGGCGCUAUGUAGCAAGACUUCACUCCUCCUCCUCAUCACCUUCUCGAAUGAAGGCACAAAGACCAUCCCAGCAGAGCAGAAACCUGUCGCUCUGCUUUGUAUCGGCUGCUCUCUCAUCGCCUCAAGUGUUCUUCUGUUUCUCAAAAGCUUCUGGAAGACAUGCUACAAAACAUCAAAGCUGCCGAGAGGAACUACUAUUGCCCUGGUUCUGUUCUUUGAAUUUCUGGUGUCUGUUGGUGCAGCAAUUCUCACCAUCGUGGCGAUGCCACACUUGGACAUCGUGACCAACGUGACGAUACUGAACGGUGUAGCCGUCCUCGCUACGCUCCUACAGAUAAUCGCUCAGUAUACUGCCAUGGAAAGGAACCGCCUCCUGCUGCCAUCCAUCACCGCCUUCAUCCUCAUUUUGCUCGGUUAUGUCCUGUUCCUCUCUUUAUACAUCAUGAAGGACCCUACUGAUAGCAAGAUGGCCAUUUGGGUUGGUCUGGCUGUUGGUGGGUCCUUCUUGGUGUCUUUCAACUGGUGGGAGAACUACCUCAGAGUGAUCGGUGAGAACAGCAGCUCCGUCUUCCUCCAGAACCUGUGUAUAGACGUGACAAAGUGCCAGAACAUCCUGCACAUCCUCUCCAGCCUGCUCAGGAUUGCGGUGACCGCCUCUGUGCUCGGAGCCUACGUCCCUCUGGCCAAAAUGGACUGGGACAUCGUGACCUCCAUCCCGAGCCGUGAGACACGGAUUAUAGCCAUCACCGUUGGGGUCCAGCUGGUCUCCUCGGCAUUAUGCCACUGGUUCGCUGUGGCAGCCUGCAAGAUGCAUGCCCUGCGACGAUGCUUCAUCGUGCCUCUGUACCUGGCCUCUCUGGCUGUGAUGGCUCUGCUCGUCAUCCCCGUCAUUGUUUACUAUCAGGACUACAAAAUAAGUCUGAACGGGACUGCAAGCAUCAACUUCACAAGUUACUGCAGUGUGGUUGUGGAUGGAAGAGACCGAAGCCUGAAUGGCAGUGUGUUCCCACAACUGGUUUUGGAUGUAACACACACCCUGUGCUUCCUGGACAUGUCCAAAAUAACUGACAUUGGCCUACUCACAGGUGCAGCAGUGUCGUGGUGGCUUGGGCUUGUGUUGGCCACCCUCCAUCUGUGGUACCUCAAUAUGUAUCGUAUCCAGAGAACCCAAGACCUGUUCGUCAGGAGGCUGUAUGAAGGAGCCUUUAUCGAGCAGUCCCUGCUACUCAACAUCCGGUUCAAAAUCCAGACCAAAAAAAGUUUGAAUAAGCCAUUUGAAACGGCGAUGGUGUAUCUGUGUGCGACCAUGUGGCACGAGACCUACGAUGAGAUGAUGAAUAUCAUUAUCUCGUUAUUCAGACUGGACAGGUACAGACCAAAGAAAGAGCAAAAGUUCAAAGAUUUCACCUUCGAAGCCCACAUCUUUUUUGAUGACGCAUUUGAAGAUAUUGAGGGGAGUCAGGGGCGCCACCUCAACGAAUACGCAAAGAACCUUGUGAAGAUCUUCUCAGACGUUUACAGUAUCUUCACGGACAUCAAUGUCAAGUUCUUCAAAAAGCAAGAGCAGCUCCCUGAUCAGAAGGUCAUAAGGACACCUUACGGAGGUCGUCUUGUCAUCACCAUGCCUCACGGGAACAACAUCGUGGUUCACUUCAAGGACAAAGAGCUCAUCCGCCACAAGAAGAGAUGGUCUCAGGUCAUGUACCUUUACUAUCUUCUGGGUUGGAAGCUCAUGACCAAAUAUUAUGCACAAACAUUUUCUUGAUGAUCUUCAACAUCAAUGCACGCAAUGUCUCUAUGAAACAUAAAAGACUACUAUAGCAAAGAUGUAAAACAGAGCAAACUGUUUCUGUUCCUCCAGAAAGAGAAGCACAAUACCUACCUCCUGGCUUUAGACGGGGACACAGACUUCCAGCCGGCUGCUGUGAUGCUGCUCAUCGAUCGUCUGAAAAUGUACCCACGUGUAGGGGCAGCGUGUGGCAGGAUUCACCCCACUGGAUCAGGUCCUGCAGUGUGGUUCCAGAAGUUUGAGUACGCUGUCAGUCACUGGCUGCAGAAGACAGCAGAGCACGUGUUCGGCUGCGUGCUGUGCAGCCCCGGCUGCUUCAGUCUGUUUAGAGCAGAGGCGCUGAUGGACGACAACGUGAUGAAGAAGUACUCCACCAAGUCCAUGGAGGCUAGUCACUACAUCCAGUACGACCAAGGUGAGGACCGCUGGCUCUGCACUCUGCUGCUGAAGCAGGGAUGGAGGGUGGAGUACAACGCAGCCUCUGAUGCCUUCACCAAUGCACCUGAAGACUUCAAAGAACUCUACAACCAGCGUCGGCGAUGGGGACCAUCCACAAUGGCCAAUGUGGUAGAUCUUCUGGGCUCAUCCACAAUUAUUUCCAAGAGGAACCCAUCCAUGUCCAAACUCUUCAUGUUCUACCAGCUGUUUGCCAUCAUAUCAGCCAUUCUGGCGCCUGCCACCAUCUGCCUUAUGGUUGCAGGUAGUUUGACCUUCUUCUGGGGCACGAAUGGUGCUGGUACUCUGGUCAUGGCUGUGAUACCUCCUGCCAUCUACCUGGGUCUUUGCUUCAAGAUAAAGGCAGACACUCAGAUCACUAUUGCAGCCUUCAUGAGUGUCAUAUAUGCAUUCCUCAUGGUGGGUGUGUCGAUUUCCAUUAUUGGUUCAAUGGUGAAGGACCAAACCAUCCUGACACCCAGCAGCAUUUUUAUCACCGCCAUGGCCAUCAUUUACACCAUCACUGCAAUAAUGCAUCCUCAGGAAUUCCGUUUAUUGUUCUAUGGCUUACUCUACAUCAUGUGCAUCCCCAGCGCCUACCUACUGCUCACCAUCUACUCAAUGGUCAACAUGAACAACGUGUCCUGGGGCACCAGGGAAACGAAACCUGCUGCUGGGGCUGCCACACCUGCACCCACCACCCAGCAAACAACAGUGCAGAAAGCUAAAAGCACCUUCCAGCGGCUCUUUGCGUGGGCUAAAUGUAAAAGAUCCAGCCAGAGUUCUCAAGAACGACAACUCAGUGUCAACGAGGAGAGCUUGACCUCAAAGUCUGUACAGCCUGAACUUCAGCCCCAAAACACAAUUGUGGAGGACGUAGAAAUCCCAGAGGAAGAGCAGAGGCCAUUGCCACCUGUUUUCGACCAUCCUGGCCAAUGUUGGGUCACGCAACUACUGGAGUCGUCCAAUGACAAUCGACUGCAGGAGGACUCACUUGACCAGGAGGAGCAGGAGUUCUGGAAAGAGCUUCUAGAGAAGUACCUGAAACCUCUGCCCAAUGACAAAGAGAGACAGAAAAAAGUUGUCAGUGACCUGCGGGAGCUGAGAAACAAGAUCAACUUCGCCUUCUUCAUCUUGAAUGCCCUUUGGCUGGUGGCGACCUUCACCCUCCAGGUCUUUGGUGCCGUCAUCUCCGUCAAGAUCCCAAUGGUCAACCACAACAUUGAACUCACCGGAGAAGAAAUAACAAUCGAUCCCAUUGCCUUCAUGUUCAUUCUGGGAUUUGCUACGUCGGUCGUGAUCCAGUUCUUUGCCAUGCUAUACCACAGAAUCUACACCCUGAUCCAUUAUGUUGCCUUUCUGGAUACCGAGCCCAAAGAGCAAAGAUCUGAAGAACAACAAGAGUUAAACCUGCAGGGCAAAAAGGCCCAGUCUUUCUCCAACUUCGAGUCCAACUCUGAAACAGUAGACAGUGACGAUGACAUCUACUCAGAUUUUAGCAGCCUAAGUGAGGACGUGUAAAAACACAGACUCUCGCCACAAACAAAACUUUUUAGCACUUUGAAAUUUUCACUGUAUGUGAGAUUGAUACAUUUGUGUGUGUGUUAUUUAUGUUUUGUUUACAUGUAUUCAUGUGCAAUUUAUUUUUUUAAAAACUUUCACUGAACCAGUUUGGCACAAAAGACUUUGCAGAAAACAAAUUUACACAAAUCUAUGUAAGAGAUGUGUCAUUUGUAAGAUGAAAACGACGCAAUCUGUGCGUGCAGACUGUAUGUGUGUUGUGUUCAAAUGAAAGCACCAGACAACAUCAAGUCAGUAUAUGAAACAUUGUAAAUGCUAUUUAUGAAGGAUCUGUUUCCUUAUGCUAAACUGUACAUCCUGAGUUUGCUGCAUCUAUAUUUAAUGCAUUGUAAUGUGAAGAGGAAUGAAUGAGGUUCAGAAACAGUGUGGACAAGUUGAGGAAGAAUGGUACCGUCUCUGGCUAAUGUCAAAGACAAAUGAAUGAAGUUCUUCUAAUGGAGACAAAUGUCUGGUUGGAUGUCUGGCAGAUCACCGCUUGAAUCCUGAAAAUCUGGGAAAGUCUUAAAUCUUGGACUUUUCUCAUGAAAAUAUCAGAGAGAUUAACUGAUUGAUUGACUACUUACUACCCACAUUGUCAGUUGCUUGUAAUUACGUUAAAAAUGGAAUUAUCAUUAGUGCAGUUUGCUCUACUUCUACUCUCU